AAUUUGUCAUGAUUUUAAAAAGGUUUGGAAAUAAUUACCAGGGAUUUUACUUUCGAUGGUUCUAAUUAACUCUUAUAGUAUGGAAAACCAAAGAUUUGAUAUUGUAGAGGAAAAUUAUCAUCAUAUUUUUCAGUUGUUGUGUCAAAUUAAAUUAUCAAAAGAAAAGCUAGAGUUAAUUAAAAGCAAAUUUAAAGAUAAUAUAAACUCACUCCGGCGUUAUGAGAAUAUCGAUGACAUGAAAGAACUUCUUAAAAUACUUGAAAAAAGAUGUGUGAUUGGGCAUGAUAAUAUUGUAAAACUUUAUGAUAUUGUUGAAACAGUUGAUGAUGCAUCCAAACAAAAAAUAGGAAAACAUUUAACUAACCAAUCUUUUUGGCUUUCAAAAAUUCCUUCAACUCCAAUUAAUUUAGCAUUCUGUCAGGAUACGCAAAUGUGUUCCACCAUACCAGAAUUUUCAUUGUCUGUUGAAGUAACAGAUUAUAUUUCUUCAAAUAUUAAAAGGUAUUGGCAAAACUUUGCACGGGCCCUACAGAUAAUUCAAGAAAAAGAAAUUGAUCGAAUUGAAGAAUUUGAUGGCAAUAAAACAAAAAAGUGCCUUGAAAUUUUUGUUCAUGAAGCCAACUUUCAGAGACUCUCUAACCCUUACGGCACUCUCUUAAAUGCUUUGGAAGUAAUAAAAAGAAGAGAUAUAAAAGAACAUGUCGAAAGCCUGCUUAUGGCAAGUUUUAAAAGAAGUUGACUGCUCAAAAUUUGUACUUAUCGUAAAGAUUGUGUUCAAGUGCUAAAAAAAAACUCCAUUCUUUAAAUGGUGCUGGUUGUGGAUCAAUAUUCAUGUAUUAAAACAGCUUGUUUGUCUCUCCGCACCGUCGUCAAUGUCAGCUUCUAUAUUUUUGUAUGUUCUAAUAUAUCAUUACUGAUCAUUAGAAAGAACAAGGGAUACUAUCAAGCUGGAGGAAGAUACUAACUCUUCUUGGUUCUGUCAAUAUCAAAUCUAAGCAUAAUUUGCCUCAAAUACUCCUAUGAUAUUGUGUACGUUGGUGCUUCAUAAGAAUUAAAACUUAUACUGUAACAAUAACUGUUAUUUUAUUAAGAGAAUUAUUAUCAGACAAGAAAUAAUUCAUUCAAAGAAAACCUCUACAAAUUUUAAUUUUGUGGAAUAAUAGAUACAAUUAUAAUUGUAAAAGC